ACGGCAAAGAGAAAGAAGGUUAACCAUGCAUGUUUAUACUGUCGCCGUAGCCAUAUGACGUGUGACGAUGGGAGACCAUGUCAACGCUGCAUCAAGCGCGAGAUCGGCCACUUGUGCCACGAUGAACACCGAUCGCGACCUCCUGAGGCGCAACCCGCGACGACAGCAGCCUCUUCAAGCCAGGUGCGGACGUCCAUGCCAGGUACCCACAGCCCCCUACCACAAGCUACUUCGGCUUGGCCAAUGGUCUUCCCCCAAUCUUACCAGCCUCAGAACUUUGGCAACGAGUUUUCCGUCCUAACGCACGUUCCCGCUCUUUUUGUUCCAAAUCUUUCUUCACAUCUCCACAGAGACUUUUUAGAAACACUCGACGACGGAUUCUUUUUCACUCCCCCAACAACCGUUGCACCCGCCCUCAUUUCGAAUCCUUUCCCGACUCCGACGGAGGCAGCAGCAGCUGCUCCCAUAACGACCGAAGUCACUGCCGCCGAGCCGCCACCCGUCCUUUUACCCGCUGACAAGACGGAAAAAUUCCUUCUCACAGCUGCCGAUCAGGAAUCGGGGUCCCGCGAUGAACGGUUAAACCGCGUUAUCAGGAGCAAGUACGAAGCGGGGUUACUGAAGCCGUACAACUACGUCAAGGGAUACGCAAGAUUGUCGCGCUGGAUGGAGAACAACGUAUCUCAGGAAUCGAAGCAGGCGAUUUUGCAACCGUUAUCGAUUCUGCGGCCAAAGUUUCGGGCUGUGGCGCAAUCUUUGAGAGACCUCGACCUGGUAUUCAUUGAGGAAGCGUUUGAACGCAUGCUUCUCGACUACGAUAGGGUGUUCCUUGCCAUGGGGAUUCCGGCCUGUCUGUGGAGAAGAACGGGGGAGAUUUACAAAGGGAACAGAGCGUUUACUGAGCUCAUAGGUUUGGAUGGGCACUUGAUGCGUGAUGGAAGGCUAUGCAUUUACCAACUUAUGGCCGAGGAGUCGGCAGUAAAUUACUGGGAGAAAUACGGUCACGUCGCAUUCGACUCGAGUCAAAAAGCCGUUUUGACGUCGUGCAUCGGUACUCAGACUGAGGAAGGGUUUAUCAACUGUUGCUUUUCGUUCACCAUUCGUAGUUUGUGUGACCCCAAUAUCAGGGAAGUUGGCUGUAUGGGAGUGGCCAUGCUGUCGGAAAAAAGUCAAACCAAGCGAAAAUUGAAGCAUAAGUUCAACUUUUUUGAGAUUUUUUACAAUGUCCGAUCAUAG